AUGCGUCGAUGCGUUUCGGAGGAGGAGACACAACACAUCUUAGCUGAGUGUCACGACUCUCUUUACGGAGGCCAACAGUAUAUCCUACUUGCAGUAGACUAUGUGUCAAAAUGGCUAGAAGCAGUAGCCUGUGCUAGGAACGAUGCGUGCACUGUUUCCAAGCACAAGAUCACUACUACCUACCACCCACAAACAAACGGUCAAGCGAAAGUAUCCAAUCAAGAAAUCAAAUCUUUCCUGGAGAAAGUCGUCAAUGCAACGCGGAAGGAUUGGGCACAGAGGCUGGAUGAAGCUCUCUGGGCCUACAGGACUGCUUACAAAACCCCUAUAGAGUUGGAGCACAAGGCAUUUUGGACAGUUAAGAAGCUAAACAUGAACUUGGACGCUGCAGGCGCUCAACGCAAACUUCAGCUCAAUGAGCUCGAGGAGUGGCGAUUGAACGUGUACGAGAAAAACAAGCUAUACAAAGAGAAGACAAAGCGUUGGCAUGACCAUCGCAUCAGCAAGAAAGAACUUGUUGUUGGCCAAAUAGUUCUAUUGUUCAAUUCAUGUCUGCAUUUGUUUACAGGAAAGUUAAAGUCCGGGUGGUCAGGACCCUUUAUAAUUAAGACAAUCUUUCCAUAUGGAGCAGUGGAAUUAAUACGAGAGGAUGACGCUAACGCAUUCAAAGUAAGUGUCCAAAGCGUAAAGCCACACUUUGAAGAUGGACUAGAACGUCACAAGUCAUCUCUCGCACUACGCGAAUCCAGCUGA